AUGCACAAAAAUGUUAACAUUAACAAAGGGUCUCCUGGUGAGGUCUACCAUCUCCCCUCCUUUCCCCUUCAGGCACUAGAGAAAACCACCGCAAGAGAGGCGACAGCGCAACAGACAACACACACUUUCGUCUUCGCAUUGCCUCGAUACUACUCCUCUCAUCAUCACCACUACCAGUCUGCAAUAAUAUGGAAAAGAUCAACAACACUGACUAUUCACAAAAAGAGGAACAUAAACUUUAUUUUAUUUUGCAUCACACUCUGCGCACUAGAAAACACAACUCAAGUGAAAAAUACAAAGUGCACCAAAGGAGUUGCACCACCGUAG